GGCAAGACGCAGAUGGGUAGCAGAGCAAUCACCACCGAGCUCAAGUAACCACGCGGGCUCUGCUGACAGCUUCCUAAGGUGCCAGGGGCGGGAGGAUGGAGGAAGGAAUGAACGCUCUCCACGACUUUGGGAUCCAAUCAACUCGCUACCUCCAAGUGAAUUAUCGAGACUCCCAGGACUGGUUCAUCUUGGUGUCUCAGGUCGCUGACCUCAGGAAUGCCUUCUUCGUCCUCUUCCCCAUCUGGUUUCACAUUCAAGAAACGGUGGGCAUCAGACUCCUCUGGGUGGCUGUGGUUGGAGACUGGCUCAACCUCGUGUUUAAGUGGAUUCUCUUUGGACAGCGCCCCUACUGGUGGGUCCUGGACACGGACUACUACAGCAACACCUCUAGGCCUCUGAUAAAGCAGUUCCCGCUCACCUGUGAGACUGGACCAGGAAGUCCUUCGGGCCAUGCCAUGGGCACAGCAGGUGUAUACUAUGUGAUGGUCACAUCUGCCCUCUUUAUCUUUCGGGGAAAGAAAAAGCCAACAUAUGGAUUCCGGUGCUUGCGCGUCGGCCUGUGGUUGGGGUACGGGGCCGUGCAGCUGACCGUCUGUCUGUCACGGAUCUACCUUGCUGCUCACUUUCCCCACCAAGUCGUCGCUGGAGUCUUGUCAGGUAUUGCUGUGGCCGAAACCUUCAGCCACAUCCAGGGCAUUUAUCAUGCCAGCCUCAAGAAAUAUUUCCUCAUCACCUGCUUCCUGCUUGGCUUCGCCCUUGGAUUUUACCUGUUGCUAAAGGGGUUGGGGGUGGACCUCCUGUGGACUUUGGAGAAAGCCAAGAGAUGGUGUGAGCGGCCAGAAUGGGUCCACAUUGACACCACACCCUUUGCCAGCCUCUUCAAGAACCUGGGAACGCUCCUGGGGCUGGGGCUGGCUGUCAACUCCAGCAUGUACCGGGACAGCUGCAAGGGAAGGCUUGGCAAGUGGCUCCCAUUCCGCCUGUGUAGCAUCGUGGCGUCUCUCGUCUUCCUGCACCUCUUUGACUCUCUGAAGCCCCCAUCCCAAAGGGAGCUGAUCUUCUAUGCCUUGUCUUUCUGCAAGAGUGCGGCUGUGCCCUUCGCAUCAGCCAGUCUCAUCCCCUACUGCCUUGCCCAAGUCCUGGGCCAGACGCACAAGAAGUCCUUGUAAGGCAUGUGGAAUGUGCAAUAUUUAAAGUCCGUGACUAUACAAAGGACUGGGGGAAAAUAAGGUGUUUUGCAGCCCAUUCUGAGGCCAGAGGUGCUAACAUCAGCUCAGGUGACCCUCUCCCCCUUGGGCAAUCCUAACUGUAUGGAAUGAUGUUUUUUUCUGAAAAGGUAACAAGGCCAUUUGUGAAAGCCUUGACUGUUAGAAAUUGAGUCAUUCUCAAUUUUUCUCUGAAGACCUACUUACCCAUGCUCUGUCAGAUAGGUGAGAGUGAGAUUUCCAGGUAGGGAAGCUCAAAAGCCCGGGCCAGAGAUCCCAGCUGAGAAUUUGGACCUGUGCUCAUCCCUGCCAGGAAAAGGAGAAAGGCAAAGUGGACUGGACAGGGAGAAAAUGGAUCAAGGAGCUCUUGCAAACGAGAUGCCAACUUAUUGAAGUUGUAUUUGAAUAUUUAAAUAUAGCAUUAGUUUUUA